AUGGUGGAGCCAAGUAGGUCUAAGCAAUUAAAGAGGGGUCGACAACAAGGUGAAGGUUCAAGUCGCGUUGUGGAAGAAACCAAUGGAGGAGAUGAAACCCCAAGUGAUGAGGAACUUUGUCCCAAAACUCGUGUUAAACAAGGAGGGGGUAAGAGGGGUCGACAACAAGGACAAGGUUCAAGUCGCGCUGUGGAAGAAACCGGUGGAGGAGACGAAACCCCAAAUGAUGAGGAAGUUCGACCAAAAACUCGUGAGGAGGAUUUUAAGAAAAUUAAAGUAAUCAAGAUGGGAGAGGAGGUUGGAAUUUGUAUUCGUGGAUUGGUAUUGAUUUUGAAUUGUGGAUUGAAUUUUUUGUAUUGGGCUAAUGCAGCGUCGGGGAUUGUUGUGCACGAUGAUUGCAAACAAAGGUUUUUGGAAUUGAAGGAAAAAAGGACUUUCCGUUUUGUUGUGUACAAAAUUAAAGAGAAGGAUAAGCAAAAGCAAAUUAUUCUGGAGAAGCUUGGCGAGUCAGCUGAAAGCUAUGAGAAUUUCCAAAAGAGAAAGGUUUUCUUCAUCUAUUGGUCUCAUGAUACCACAAGGGUGAGGACCAAGAUGAUUUACGCGAGUUCAUAUGAGAGGUUCAAGAGAGAGCUUGACGGAAUUCAGGUAGAGUUGCAAGCAACUGAUCCUACUGAGAUGGAUCUUGAUGUCAUUAGAAGCCGAGCUUUUUAAAUAAUAUGAUGAUUUCUGAACCCUGGGCAUUGGAGUUUUGCCCUCCAAUGCAGUUGCUUUUACUUAAAAUGAAAUGUCUAUAUUCUAUGGGACGGUUGAUUUGGCUUAGA